AUAAUAUAAUUGGUCAGAUUUAAAACAAGUUUUUAUACGUACGGACAAUGGUCAGUUUUUGUUGUUCUUAAUAACCAUCCAUACAAAACUCAUAGACUUUAUAAUCGACAUUUAAACAAUGCCCGCGAACCUUCAAUAAAACAACUGUCACAUUCAUCAAAAAUCAUUUCAUAAAUCACAUCGUUAAAAAAUCUUCGUACAUCAUGGUCAUAUCAAUCUCAUCUAGCACCGUCAACUAUGAGGAGGAACGAGUCUUCCUGGAGCCCCGCAGAACUUUCCCUCAACUCGACCAAGGCACCUACUACACCACCGGCUACAAAAUCCCCGAAAAUCUUCCGAAAACCCCUGAACCAACGUCUAACAUAGCACCCGAACCAACCACCGAGACAGUUUCUGUUGUCGGAGCUGUUCCUCAACCGGGGAUCGAAGUGAUUUACGAAUGCAGACAAGAAACAGCCGCGUUGCAAACCGAAGUCCCUGCCGUGAUUAAAGAAAGAAUCGUCGGAGGACCGACUUACACAUUUUUUAGGAAAUUGUUCGGAUGCGUAUUAAAAACGCAAGACUAGAUACCAUCACCGUCUCUAUUAAGAAAAAAGGAUUUUUAGAUUAGAAGAUAUGACCCACAUCAUUUCAAUAAAUUCAAUUAAAAACA